AAGUCUUCUUCUUAAAAAAUACACUCUGUCGUCACACUGGUAAAGCGACUUGCGACAACUCCACCAAUUAGGAACUAGUCUAGGAAGGAAUCUUCAAAUAUUUUUUUUAUGUUAAGUCACAGUUGAUAUCUAAAUCUACUUUACGCCGCGGUGGUGCACCCUCUUAUCAUAUCAUGCGCACUUGAUCGUCUUCCUUUCCCUCUAUAUCUCUUCCAUGGCUAACCUGAAAUCCGAUUCUCCCACCUCUCGUCGCAUUGUUCGAGCUUUCUUGGAUUUUCUCACCAAUGUUGAACCUGCUCCUGGUGUUGAUCUUGAAGGCCUUGAGGUUGCCAGAGAAUGUUUGCAAGAGGUUUUUAAGCUUGAUUCCUUCCCUGAUGGUGAUCAAACAAAACCUGAUUUGUUGGUUGACAUUUUUAGUUCACUAGCAACAAACACGCUUCAAGAUAAUAAGUCAGAUCUUGGUCAUGGAUCAAUCUCAAGAGCAGAUGUUCCAAGGUCAUCCCUCACUCAAAACUGUGCUGAGGACAAUCUUUCAAAGACCUCAAAAUCUUCGGUUGAAGAUGUAAGAAGUGAAGCCCAUACAUCAGCAGGGGCAUUCAAAGAUGAACUUUUUGGACAAUUCUUUGCUGCACUUGAGAAAAUUGAUUUUUUUAGGACAAUGCCUGACGGCACUGAUGACCCAGUUGGAAUAGAGAAAGCAACUCGGUUAUUCCAUGAUGCUCUAAUUGAGAUGGAAAGAUCUGGGUGCCAAGAAUAUAAUACAAAGAACCUAGCAGAGACAUUGAAAUCACAAGGUAACAGGGCCAUGCAGUCAAAGCUUUACUCUGAUGCAAUUCAGCUUUAUAACUGUGCCAUUGCACUUUUUGAAAACAAUGCUAUUUACUACUGUAACAGGGCAGCCGCUUACACUCAGAUCCACAAAUAUAACGAGGCAGUCAGAGAUUGCCUUAAAUCUAUUGAAAUUGACACAAGUUAUAGCAAGGCAUACAGUCGUCUGGGAUUAGCUUAUUAUGCACAAGGAAAUUAUAGUGAUGCUAUCAAUAAAGGAUUUAAGAAAGCCUUGCAGUUGGAUCCAAAUAACGAAGCCGUCAAGGAAAAUAUUCGGAUGGCUGAACAAAAAAUCAAAGAGACUCAACAAACCGAACAUGAUCGGAGUGCAAGUUCAUCCAGCCAAAGUGAUUCAGAUCACCAUAACCAGUCUGCAGGAGGGCCAAGAAGCCAUGGUGCACCACCUCCAUUCACAUCUAUGCCCUUUAAUACCACCGGUCUUCCUGCUGAUUUUGCCAAUAUGUUUAUGAAUAUGUCUACGAAUGCAUACCACCAAGGACAACAUUCUCAGAACAGGCAAGGAAACAAUAGCAACGCUGAUGGAUUUGAUGAUCCUGGAAUACAAAUUGGUGGGAACAUCAACUUGAAUUUCGGGGAGCAAAUGCCCGAGGAGCUAACUGGGGCUCUGAGAUCAGUCAUGGAGAUGUUCUCUGGUGCAGCGCCUCAUGGAAAUUCACAUGAUAAUGCCAGUGGAGGGUCAGCGCCACAAAAUUAAAUUUUGGAGUGUUUUUAGCUGUUCAUGUUCUCAUUAAUAUAUGUAUUAUCAUAUUUAUAUGUUUAUGGAAAGCAAGAAUAACAUUUCUUUUCUC